AUGCCUACCCGCGACGAGAUCACCUACUUCGGCGCCGGCCCCGCGCUGCUGCCCACAGACGUGCUUGAGCAGGCCUCAAAGGCGCUGCUCGACUACAAUGGCACCGGCCUGGGCAUAGCAGAGCACUCGCACCGCUCUGCGCUGGCCACCGACAUCAUCGACAACGCCAAGGCCGACCUGGCUACCUACCUCGACCUGCCCGAUGACUACGAGGUCCUCUUCAUGCAGGGAGGCGGCAGCGGCGAGUUCUCCGCCACCGUCUACAACAUGGUCGGCGCCUGGGUCUCGCGCAAGAAGGCCGAGCUGCUGAAGUCCAACCACCUGGCCGAGGGCGACGCCGCGCCCGAGCUGCUGGAGAAGGAGCUGGCCAAGGCCGUCCAGGACCUCAAGCUCGACUACAUCGUCACGGGGAGCUGGUCGCUCAAGGCCUACCAGGAGGCCCAGAGGCUGCUGGGGCCGGAGCACGUCAACCUGGUCUGCGACGCCAGGACCGCCAACGACGGCAAGUUCGGCAAGGUCCCGGACCAGAGCACGUGGAAGCUGUCGCCCGACGCCGCCAUGGUGUACUACUGCGACAACGAGACCGUCGACGGCGUCGAGAUGCCCAACUUCCCCGAGAUCCUGGCCCCCAAGCCCGACGGCACCGGCCCCAUCGUCGUGGCUGACAUGUCCUCCAACAUCCUGUCGCGGAGGUUCCCCGCCAAGAACUUCUCGGUCAUCUUCUUCGGCGCGCAGAAGAACCUUGGCUCGACCGGUAUCACCGUCGCCAUUAUCAAGAAGUCCCUCCUUCCUCCCACAACCCCACAGCCGGCACCGGCCCUGCUGCGGAAGCUUGGCCUGCCCAUCGGGCCUAUUGUGCUUUCCUACGAGACCAUUGCCAAGAACAACAGCUUGUACAACACACUGAGCAUUUUCGACGUCUAUGUCGCCGGCUCAGUACUUAAGAAGCUGCUUGCCACGUUCCCUGACAAGGUCGACGGGCAAGAGGCCGUUGCCAACAAGAAGGCUGCGCUCAUCUACGGGGCACUCGAGGCCCACCCAGAGGCAUACAAGAUUGUGCCUGACAAGAGUGCCCGCUCAAGGAUGAACAUCUGCUUCCGCGUCACCAAGGGUGGCAACAUCGACGACGCCGAGAAGGCCUUCCUCAAGCAGUCCACCGACCUGGGCCUCACCGGCCUCAAGGGUCACAGGUCUGUGGGUGGUAUCCGGGCCAGCAACUACAACUCGGUUCCCCUGGAGGGUGCCCAGAAGCUGGCUACCUUUAUCGAGAAGUUUGCCACUUCGUAG